CGGUGGGGUGUCAGUUUCAGAGGAACGGCGGUUCUGUCGAGAAAGAACGCAAGUCGGACUCCCGUAAACAACAAUCCAACAGUCGGCGUCCUUGCGGGUGGGACCCUCCCGCGGAGCCCAGCCCGUGAUGUGCUGAACCUGCCAGUUUUCUGCGGCUUCCAUCCUACCUCUCUCUCCUCUUUCCGCCCAUCGCCACAGCUAUCCUUGGUCCGAACUUUGCUAGCUGGGGUGUACUGUCUCGCUCGCGCGACCCCUGAAUUAAUAUGAAUAAUAUCCGUCAAGUCCAAGCGCUCAACAAGCGCGAAUUGGAAAAUGCCGUACCUCCCGAAGCUUCCUGGCAUGCAGACUACAGAGACACCGCUUACAUCUACAUCGGUGGACUACCAUUCGAUCUCUCCGAGGGUGAUAUUGUAACUAUCUUUUCGCAGUACGGCGAGCCAGUCCACGUAAAUCUGAUGCGCGACAAAGAGACUGGCAAGAGCCGAGGCUUUGCCUUCUUGAAAUACGAGGAUCAGCGCAGUACGGAUCUCGCGGUUGACAAUCUGGGUGGAGCGACAGUCCUAGGAAGGGUGCUGCGCGUGGAUCACACGAGAUACAAGCGCCGCGACGACGAGGAGGAAACGGACAAUGUCGCAAAGCUGAUGGGUGACACGACCGGCAAGGACCAUGAUGACACGGAUGAUGAGCGACGAAAGCGGAGGAAGAGAAGGACCAGUGAAGACGAGCCCCGAAGGCGACCUCUGCUCAAGGAGGAGAUCGAGCUAGAGGAGCUGAUCAAGAACCACGAUGAGGAGGACCCGAUGAAGGAGUUCCUGAUCGAGGAGAAGAAAGAGGAGAUAGCGCGAGCCUUGAAAAAGGUACACAGCAGCGAGAAGUCAUCACGGAGACGAGACAGCCGCGAGAGAUCAAGCCGCCAUCACCGUUCUCACCGUCGACGACACGACGACGACCGCGAUUCGGAGAGAAGACGCCGAGACCACCGGUCGCCUAGGAGGGAAGAGCGAUCGUACAGAACCAGGUCUCCGUCUAGAAGGGAGAGGUCCGACAGAGAUAGGACCCCGGUCGCAUCGCGAUCCCCCGAAUCACGACGACACCGCGAUAGACAUGAUCGGCAACGUUAAUUGUCGCAAAACAGCUAUUCAACUAUUAAAUAUGCUAUGACGGUUGAAUCCUAAACUAAUCUUGGCAGAGAGCCAUCAAAAAAGAUCUCCAAGACCUUUGUGGUGAAAGGUCUGUUUAAUGCCUUAACCUGGAAAUGCAAGCCGUGAAAUCCUGCGCCAUCCUGUU